AAACACACUUAACUCUCUACCAACUGGACUGACUGACUGACUGGAGGAUGGCCCGUACCCCACAGUGCACUAUUCUGCUCUUUCUGUCGGCACUGGCUGUGCCAUCACAGUGCUUCCACCUGCAGCCCUGUGUACUGGUCAAUGAGACUGUGUCCGUGGAGAAAGAGGGCUGCCCGAGGUGCCUGGUGUUCCAGACCACCAUCUGCAGUGGACACUGCCUGACCAAAGAGCCUGUGUACAAAAGCCCAUUCUCCAUGGUGUCCCAGCAUGUGUGCACAUAUGGCAACUUCCGUUAUGAGACGGUACGUCUGCCUGACUGUGCUGAUGGCGUGGACCCUUUCGUGAGCUACCCAGUGGCCCUGAGCUGUAAGUGUAGUUUGUGCUCCAUGGAUACAUCUGACUGCACCCUGGAGAGCCUGGGGCCUGAAUUUUGCAUGAGUGAGAGAAUGCAUGCCUAUGAGAGUCAGAGACUGCCUCACUAUGACUAUUAGCUGCCUGUGUAGACAGUUUGUGCUGAAUUCCAAUCUCAUGCAUUUUAUUGAUUAAUAAGCACCCCAGUAGAGUAGUGUUGUGUCAAUGGAUGUAAUGGUCUCUUCUCUCAAUAAAU